AACUCCAUAAAUAACAGUCAAAAUAUUAGAAAAAAAAAAAAAAAUUAUAUCGAGGGAUUAAUCUCAUCACCAAGAAUUUACGUCCCAUCAAGUUGGGUUUUCGUCCUAAAGUAUCACCCACUGCUGUAUUUGAUCUCCAAAGACUUAAAGUCAGUCGACUCAUAUGGAAGAACACAAGGAAUGCGACGCCAUAGGUUCGCAAUCACAAAAUAGGAACCACAUUCAUCGUGUUUAUUUCGUCAAGUUUCAGCCAUUUCCUAAUGAAAUCGAAAAAGAAGAGGCCGACAAUCAGUAUAAGUUGCUGGAUCUUGCUCAAUCCCGUAUCAACAAAGAUAUAAAUCGACUAAAAGCAGAUGAACUUCAAAUAAACCGGAAUUUAGACUGGUUUUCACGUUGUGAUGAAUAUAUACAAUGGAAGAGACGAGAAAUCGAGAGUACUCUUCAAGGUUGUCAAGGUAAAGUCGAACCUAAUUUGCUCGAAAAACAUGAUCAGAAACGCUGUCAUAAAAGACUGAUCAAGAAAGGGAAGUUGGAUACGGAGUAUUUGCAACAAGUUCAGGAAGAACUUCUAUCUUCAAAGAAAUCCGGUGGAAUGAAUUCUUGUGGUAGACAACAACUUAAAUAUCUGGUCAAGACCAUGGCCCAAAGGAUCCAACAUGGGAACACUAAUAGUAGGGCAGAUGAAAUGAUAAUCUAUCACGAAACAAAAAAUGUAAAUGAAACAAGAGAAAUAUUGUACACUGCUCCAGAAUCUGAACCUCAUAGUCAUUGGCAUUCAAGAGAACGGAAAUCAAAGCGAGAUAUAGAUUGUGAGCGAGCUAUGCAACAUAAGAUAAAGAUUCGGUUAGACGACAUUGAGGACAUGAAAAUGGAUCUAAGAGGACGUAAAGCUAGAGUUGCACGACUUAAAGCUGAUUUGGAACUUGUAAGAAAGAGCAUUAGUUGUUUACAGAAGGAGCUUGAAGAUGUUAAUACAAAGAGAUCCAAAGCCUAUAAACGUGCUUAUGAGCUUGGGGAAAAAAAGAAAGGACUGAGAUACGCAAACGCACUUAUACGACAAGGGGAUGUUGUUGGACUAAAACAAGUAUGUGAAACACAGGUUCAAGGGUUCAUGAGGCAGUGGACCAAAAGUAAAGCAUUCAGGGACGAUUACGAGAAAAGAAAGCCGGUGUCGAAGAGUUAAUUUGGAACCAAUUGUUUAAACAUAAAUGGAAUUCGAUGCCUUAUAUGUCGUUGUGCUAUCUUUGGCAUUAUUAUAGAAAUUUGGCUGUUUCACAUGUACAGAUGUACUAUAAAUAUAAAAGUAUCAAACAUUAUACA